AUGACCACCACGGCGCCCUCUAUCGACCCCACCGCUUUCGCUGAAGCAAUUACCGAGCUGCCCCUCUCAGCAGUUUAUAGCAAAAUCUCCGAGCUCCGCAACUCAAUUGCGCAUCUGUACCGGUCGAACUCUGAGCUUCGCCUCUUUCUUGAAGAGUCCCAGGAUACCGAAGAAGAGAAGAAGGAGCUGGAGGGAUAUAUCCUGGAGAAUGAAGGCGUGGUUACCUCUAUAAAUGUACGGGUUUCAUUGCUGAAGACUGAGUUGGAGAAAUGGGGACAACCCUGGGUUGAGGGGGAGGAGCGAGAGGAUGGAGAUGGUGAUAGAAAUGCAGAGACGCAGGAUCAUUCGGAAUCGACAGGUGCAGAGUCGGGGACAGGGACAAGUACAGGGAAUAAUGCGCUGACGAAUGGGUCUGGGUCUGGGUCUGCUGGCCAGGAUGAUGGAGUUUAUCUGUAA